CAUCAUAUUCUAGCUUACUAACUACGUCAAAUUUAAACGCUUCAAAAAUUCAACCAAAAAAAAGAGAGAAAAAUCUACCAACAUGCUUCGUCGUUCAUCUCUUUCUCUCUCCAAAUUCCUUCACAGAAACCUAAUUGGAAGAUCUACACGCCCUAAAUCCCAAUUUCCAGUACAAACCCUAACGACUCUCUCGAAUCGACGCGAAUUCCAUCAAUUUUGGCGUCCGAGAAUCGCAGAUUCAGCUGCACGUUUCAAUGCUCCUAACAAUUGGAGACGAUUCAGCGGUGAAACCGACAGGGAGGUCGACAAAAUCAACCUCAAAUUCGCGGAAGCUCGCGAGGAGAUAGAAUCGGCGAUGGACUCAAAAGAGACCGUGUAUUUCAACGAAGAGGCGGAGUGCGCGCGGGAAGCCGUCGGCGAGGUUCUGGAAUUGUACGAGGGGCUGCUGCAGAGGCUGCCGGAGAGCGAGAGGGGGUCGAUUCAGCGGGCGAUGGGGCUCAAAAUCGAGCAAUUGAAAGCUGAGCUCCAGCAACUGAAUGAGUAGUGAGUUAAAAAAAUCGCUUUUUAUUUAUUUGGUUGUAUUUGCAAUUUUUUCUAUUAAUUCUUGUUUACGAAUAAGGUGUUAUCGACUUGUUUUUGACGAUAUUAAACUAUGGAAUUGAUUGAAGAUCAAAUUUUUGAGUUUA